UUCCAUAUCAAAGAGAUCAUAUAUACACCAUCUAAUAUCUUAUAUUUAAUUAGAAUGUCUAGCAUUUUCAAGAUUAUUGGGUUUCAGAACAAAAGGUCAUAUUCAGAUGGAGAUGACGAUGGUGAUUAUGACUAUGCUCCUGCAGCAUACUUAGAAGGAGAUGACGAUGAUGGAGAUUAUGAUUAUGCUCCUGCAACAUCCUUGAAUGGAGAUGACGAUGACGGAGACUAUGAUUAUGCUCCUGCAGCAUCUUUGGAAGGAGAUGACGAUGAUGGAGAUUGUGAUUAUGCUCCAGCAGCAUAAAUUAUUAGAGAUUCUUGACAAUGGCGAAUCUAGAAUAGACCCAAUGUGUUUAGUCCAACUUAGGGACUUUGAGAAUAUAAUUAAUUAGCUUAUUAAUAUUACAUGUAUUUUUCUAAAAAUAAUAUUUUAGUAAUUUAUGCAGAGAGUGACAUGGAUAUUGUAGUCAAACAUAGUCUCAAGUAUUGAUCAUAUAAUCGUAUCUUAAUUAAU